AUGCCUUCAAGUCAAGACUCCUCAAGUCCAACACUGAAUCCAGUUGCCACACUGGGCGUUCCUAUCUACUUUUCCAAAUCCUCUAUUUCCCGCAAUCCACAUAUCAAGUAUUGGGAUGGCACAUCAAAGCAAGAAGACUGCCUGCUCCACCUUAUCAUGAAUGCUUCAAGCGCUGAUGAGUAUUCACCUGAGGAACGACCCUCAUGUGGACCUGGUCAAGUGCUGAGUUUUGAAAGUAGCCCAGCUAUAUCUGGCAAGAAGGAGACUGUUAUUAGUUCUCCGGUGGUGAUGUGUUGGAAGGUACCAAUGAAGGUUGAUCAGAAGUCAGACGAUGAUCGAGGUGCUUCUACAGAGAUGCAAUCGUGGAGAAAAUGGGAUCAAGUGUUGGAUGGUCUUUCUGACGAUGUGAAGGCUGAGGUGGUGGAGUACGAGCAACAGAGACUGCGUGGUGAAUUUAUUGGGAACUCGUUCAGCGUUCCCAUUCGAUCAGACCUUGAUUGGACUAGGAAAGCGUUCUUGACGUGUUAA